AUGCGCAUUGUAUGCAUUGGAGCAGCACCGACAGGCUUGGGAGCUGCGUUUCGUCUGAACGAGCUGAUCCAGGAAAAGAACGAAAACACCGAAGAUGUCGAGAUGAUUAUUUUUGAAAAGGAAGCCUACGCAGGCGGACUUUCCUGCACCGUGAAGGACGACAAAGGUUUCCUCUGGGAUAUGGGAGGUCAUAUCACUUUCAACCAUAAUUUUCCAUACUAUGAAAAGGCCGUCAAAUGGGCAGUGAAUGAGUGGAACAGCCUUCAGCGGAACUGCAUGGUGGACAUGAACUACCUCUACGACACUCCUGGGAUCCAUCUAGUCCCUUAUCCGGCCCAAUUUGCUGUGCCUUUGUUUCCCGAACAAAUAAAGCAGGAAUGUCUUAAGGACCUCAAGGAACGCUAUGAGAAGGAACCUGAAGGGAUCCCAGAGAACUUCGACGAUUGGGUACUGAAACAUUUCGGACCAACUAUCCUAGACAUAUUCUUCAAACCCUACACAAAGAAGGUGUGGACAGUUGAUCCUGGAAAGAUGUCACCGAACUGGGUUGGAACACGAGUUGCCAAACUGCCACAGGAAAAACUUGAAGAGCUUUGUUCAAUGAACAAGGAGGAGUUAGCCAAUGCGGAUUUCGGCUGGGGACCGAACUCAUACUUCACAUUCCCUAAAUAUGGAGGUACUGGGAAUGUAUGGAAUUCUAUGGCUAAGAAGCUGCCGGCAAAUUGGUUUAAAUUUAACACAGAGGUUGUGAGUUUAGACCCUGCCGCAAAACGCUUGCGUUACGUAAGCCGUGAAUCGAAUGAGGUGAAGGAACUCGACUAUGAUAUUCUGUUGAAUGCGGCUCCAAUCGAUAUUCUCGUUAGAGAGACUAAAAUUUGCCCGGAAAUCAAUGUAGAUCACAAUAAGGUGUUUAUUGUUGGUGUAGGCCUUGAGAAACCAAUGACAGAAUUCAUGGAAAAAUUCACAUGGCUUUAUUUCCCCGAUCCUAACGUCCCAUUUUUCCGAGUUACGAUUCUCAGCAGAUAUGGAGAGGUGACACCGGAUGGUAACAAGUAUUGGUCGGUUAUGUGUGAAUGCGCACGACCGAUUGAUGAUCCGGUAACCGAGGAAGAAAUCGUAAAGAAAGCCAUCGACGGACUUGUAAUCAAGAGCAUGAUUCAACGCGAUAAGAUUGUCUCCGUAUAUUCCACCACUUUGGAUUACGGUUAUCCAAUUCCAACGCCUGCUCGAGAUCCUGAACUAGCGCGAGCUCAUCGUGAGCUGGAGAAGCACUCAAUCUAUUCGAGGGGACGUUUCGGUGGCUGGAAGUACGAGGUUUCGAACCAAGACCACUGCUUCAUCCAAGGAAAAGAAUUUAUCGAUCGUGUCGUAUUAAAUGAACCAGAAAAACUGUACAAGACAGGCCUAGCAGAAAGACAGGGUUAA